AUGCGGAUUAAAAUAUUAUGCAAUUUAUCAAACUAUACAUCUUAUCAUAAUCCUAUAUAUCUUCCGAUAUUACUUAUAUGCAUACUGUGCUGUACAGUCAGUUUAGUCUCAAGUGAACGAGUUGUACGUAUUCGAAGACAAGAUGAUGGUGUAUUAGAUGAAGAUAUUUCAGCGAGUGGUGGAGACGAUGAUAUACCAGAAACUACUCCAAUACCAUCAAGUGUCAAAGGUCCUGGACCAUUUUUGCAACCAAAUAUAGUAACAGGUCCUCGAGGGGCUCCAGGUGAACCUGGUCCACCUGGACCAUCAGGACCUAUUGGACCACCAGGAAAAAUUGGUGAACCCGGGCCACCGGGACCAGCUGGCGAAGAUGGUGCACGUGGACCACCAGGUCCAUCUGGUGAUCCAGGAAUCGAUGGCAAACCAGGUAUAGAUGGUGAACCUGGUCUACGUGGAACUCCAGGUCCACCAGGACCAGUUGGUCCAAUGGGUUUAAUUGGAUCUACAGGUCCACCGGGUCCAAUGGGUAUACCUGGUCUUAAAGGUAUAAAAGGUUCCCCAGGUAUUGAUGGACCAAUGGGUGAACGAGGUGAAGUUGGUCUUCCAGGUCCAUUUGGUCCACCUGGACCUAAAGGACCACUUGGAUUACCUGGUGCUCAAGGCCCAGUCGGUCAAAUGGGUACACAAGGACCAGAUGGAUUUCCCGGGCUUAUAGGUUCUAUGGGUCCUCAAGGACCUCCAGGACCUUCUGGAAUGAUUGGACCAGUUGGUUUAAAAGGCGAUGAAGGACUUCAAGGUGCACCAGGUUCUCUGGGCGAUCCUGGUGAUCCAGGUUUAGAUGGAAGUCCAGGAGCUGAUGGUGAACCUGGACCAAUGGGUCCUACUGGUAAGGAUGGACCACCAGGAUUGAAAGGUGAAAGAGGAAUUCCAGGCCCUAUGGGACCUCAAGGAACUCCCGGCCCAAGAGGAUUGUCUGGAGGACCAGGUUCACAGGGGACACCCGGAGAGAAAGGAGCUGAAGGAGCUCCAGGACCACAAGGACCUACAGGUCCAGCUGGACCAAUGGGACCACCUGGAGAGCCUGGUGAUAGAGGGCUAUUUGGUCCAAUGGGAGAUAUAGGAAAGCCUGGUCCACGAGGUCCACCAGGUGAAACUGGGCCGAAAGGAGACACAGGGGUGAUUGGUGCUCAAGGGAUGCCUGGAAAUCCUGGAUUAGAUGGACUACCUGGAAUACCCGGAGAAGCUGGUAGUGAUGGAGAAAUGGGAAGACAAGGUAUGCCCGGUCCACCGGGAUUACCUGGGCCAUCCGGUCGAGAUGGUGAACCUGGUCCGAGGGGUUUUCCAGGUUCAAAGGGUCAAGACGGCUCUCAAGGUGUACGUGGAGUGAUAGGACCAAGAGGCCCUUCAGGAAAGGAUGGGGACGAUGGUGAAAUGGGUCCGGCAGGACCACCAGGACCUGCAGGACCACCUGGCCCAUCUGGACCACCGGGUGUACGUGGUGGUCGAGGCUCAUCUGGUGAACCAGGUGAUCCAGGUCCUUCAGGUCCACAAGGUAGUCGUGGUGCAACUGGUGCUCGUGGGCGUCGUGGGAAAGUUGGAGUUGCUGGUAGUCCUGGAAGUAUUGGCGGUAUCGGAGAUAGAGGUCCACCUGGUCCGAUUGGACCACCAGGUCAACCUGGUCCUAUUGGACAACCAGGCCAACCAGGUGGUAAAGGUCCAACUGGAAGAGAUGGAAAACAAGGCACAGAUGGAAAGCCAGGAACUCAAGGGCAAGUUGGUCUGCCAGGCCCAACUGGUGAACGUGGUGCUGCUGGUGAAGAUGGUGAACAAGGUUAUCCCGGUGUACAAGGUCCCAAAGGUGAAGUUGGUUCACAAGGCAUACCUGGACGUACUGGACCAGCUGGUCCACCAGGAGUUCGAGGUGGUUCGGGUCAAAUGGGUUUAAGAGGAACAAAAGGUCCACGUGGUCCACCUGGGGAAGAUGGACCACCUGGAAAAGACAGUGCACCUGGUGAACCAGGACCACCAGGUGAACCAGGUCCAAGAGGACCAAUUCAAGUUCAAGGUUAUGAUAAUGGUAAAGUUGUCGGUCCACAAGGAGCAAAGGGUUUACCAGGAUAUCCUGGACCACGUGGAAGACCAGGAAUACCAGGAGCUCCUGGUGAUCCGGGACCUAUUGGAGAAGCAGGAGUACCAGGUGAAGACGGUCCACCCGGUCCUGAUGGUCCACGUGGAAAAGAUGGAAUUGAUGGAGCACCUGGCCGACCAGGAAAAUCAGGUAAACCUGGUCAGUCUGGAGCUGUUGGAGCUCAAGGACCACCUGGAAAACCUGGAGAUGCUGGAUAUGCUGGUCCACCAGGACCAUCGGGAAUUCCUGGCCCUUCUGGUGAACCCGGUCUACCUGGAAUAGAUGGUAUUAACGGAACUGCUGGUGCCCAAGGGGCUCCUGGCAAUCCAGGUGCACAAGGAGCACGUGGUGCUGCUGGGCCUCCAGGAGUUGAUGGCGCUAAAGGUCCACCCGGUGAUGAAGGGCCAACUGGUCCGAGAGGUCAAGCUGGUCCAAGAGGAACUCAAGGAAAAGACGGACUUCCUGGACUUCAGGGGAAAAUGGGUGCUCCUGGAAGACCAGGGGCAAGAGGAUCAGCUGGGGUUAUGGGAGUCCCAGGACCACAGGGGAAGAUAGGACCUGCAGGAAAAGAAGGACCAGAAGGACCGUCUGGUCCUGUUGGACCACCUGGGCCACCAGGGACAGAUGGAGAAGUAGGUGGUGUAGGGCCAGUGGGAGAAGCUGGGUCCCCAGGACAACAAGGUCUUCCUGGAGAACGCGGACUUCAGGGCCCACCAGGUCCUGGAGGAGAACCAGGCCCACCGGGGCCUAGUGGUCCUUUAGGAAUACCAGGACCAGACGGACCAAGUGGACCCAGAGGUGAAGUAGGUGAUCCUGGUGUAGAUGGUGCGCCAGGGGGAAAAGGCGAAGAUGGACAACCUGGACUUCCUGGACGACCUGGAAAAGAUGGAUCCCCAGGAAGGCAAGGGAAGUCUGGACCACAGGGCCACAAAGGUUGGACAGGCCCUCCAGGUGACCCUGGUCUUCCUGGCAUAGCUGGACAACCUGGUCAACCAGGACUUCGAGGAUAUCGUGGACUUUCUGGCUUACCGGGAGAAGUCGGACCUGUCGGUGCCCCAGGACCUCAAGGUGAGGCUGGAUUCGUUGGCGAACCAGGUCCUCCUGGUGGACCUGGACCUAUUGGAAGAGAUGGACCAAGGGGACCUCCCGGACAUAUGGGAAGUGAAGGACCACCUGGACCUCCUGGGCCUCCAGCUAUGAGUUAUGGAAAGAUGUAUGGAGAUCAAAAAGGCAUCACUUUAGAAAUGCCCAAUGGUACACGCAGUUUUCCAGCAAGAUCAUGUAAUUACUUAUCGCGUACACAUCCAAGAUUACCAGAUGGUGAAUAUUGGAUUGAUCCUAAUGGAGGCUCAAAUAAAGAUGCUGUUAAGGUAUUCUGUCGAUUGAGCUCGGGUGAAACGUGUUUCUCGCCUUUAACUUCUUCCUAUCAACAACAACAAAACAAUAAUACCGAUACACACAAAAAGAAAUAUUCUGAUCAACAAGAUAUUUGGUUUAGUCAGUUAUAUGACGAAAAACAGUUUACCUAUAAUAUGGAAAUGAAUCAAAUCAACUUUUUACAACUGUUAUCAUCGAAAGCUAAUCAACAAUUAACAUUGGUAUGCAAUAAGAUUAUUUUCAGUGAUGAAAAUCUGCCACGUUUAUUUACAAACAAUAAUAAGGAAUUAACACAAAAUGGAGCGAUUCUUCGUUAUAAUUUACUGGAAAACGGUUGUCAGUCAACAAAAUCUACAUUUGGAAAGAUAACAAUUGAAGUGAAUACACGACCGCAUCGUUUACCAUUACGUGAUAUAAUUUUACCAAAUGCUAUUGAUUCACAACAAAUUCUUGGUUUGGAAUUGGGCAGAGUAUGCUUCCACUAG